AUGCUGCUAGACCCCCCCUCCCCUGUCACUCGCUCCCACAACCCCUCCCCCUUGACUCGCUCCGCCUCUCCUUUCCUACGCCAAUGCCAACCUCUCACGCCUUCCUCCUUGCCGCGCCCCCCCAUGCCUCCUCUCGCCCCUCGCCGCCUUCUGCGUGCCUUCUCUCUCUCCUCCUCCUCCCACAAGCAACCGAUUCCCUCCACUUUCCUUGAUUCGGCCUAUUCUCCCUUGAAACCGCCCCCCGGUAUGGCCGCUCCUUUGCCCUCUCCCACGCCUUCAUCCUUGCCUUCUUCCCUGCCCUCCUCCAUGCCCUCUCUUUUCUCCUCGUCCUUUCUCUCUCCCUUCUCCUCCGCCCCUUCGGUCUCUCCAUUCAUUUCGGUUCAACGGAACUCCACUCCUGUUGGGAGAGGAGGGAGGUACGACUUCCUAACGCCCUUCACUUCGGCUCACAUAAGCUCUUCCCCUGUUGGGAGAGGAGGGAGGUACGACUAUCGGCGGUCAAUAUCUGCUCAGACUGAACGGGAGUCUGAAAAAUCGCCUGGAAGGGCUGGGAAGCUGGCAAGUUGUGGCAAGUCAGGGGAGGUUGGCAAAAUAUGCGCCGCUUCCGUUGAGAGAGGGGGGAGGUACGACUAUCGGCAGUCAAUAUCUGCGCAGACCGAGUGGGAGUCCCAAAAACCGCCUGAGAAGGCUGGGAAGCUUGAAAGGCGUGGCAAGUCGGGGGAUGCUGGUGUGGGUCUGCUGCCUCAUACCCCACUUGAGAAGCGAGGUGCAUAUGCCCUGCCUGAUUCACUGGAAGAGCGGGUUGGGCUGUCCAAGACACCGAGAGCAGGGUCAGAUCUUCCUGGGUUUUCAACGGGACGCGUUGGGCUGCCGGGAAAGCCGAGAACGCCGAGUUUGCCUAACACGCCCAACAAGGUGAAAGCGCCGGAAUUGCCGAGAACGGCGAAAACGCCCAACACGGUCCAAUCCCCAGAAGCGUGCAGUGAGGUGCCGCUGAUGAGCGCAUGGAAGCUGCUCGGUGCUGAUGCCACCCCAUGGCUCAACGCUGUGCCGCAUGGCGACUGCAUGGGCCACCAUGCUUUGGCUCAAGGCUCUCCUACGGAUUGUGGCGAGCGAUGUGGGAGGAGGAGAGGAGCUCCGAGGAAGCUGUGGGUAGUGGGUGAUGAGAGCUCAUUGGAUGGGAGCUAUGUCAAUGCCACCCCUACGGAUCGUCGUUCGUUGGGUGGAGGUUCUCAUACGGAUUGUGGCGAGCGAUGUGGGAGGAGGAGAGGAGCUCCGAGGCAUCUGUGGGAGGUGGCUGAUGCGGGCUCAUUAACUGUGAGCAGUGAUAUGGGUGAUGGGAGUGAUGGGAGUGAUGGGAGUGAAUGGGAAGCGUGUGGUGGCGAGGGGAGCGGGAGGAGGAGAUGUUCGAGGAGGCAGCCGCGGGUGGUGGGUGAUGAGAGGCCAGUGGAUGGGAGGAGGGAUAGGGGUGAUGGAAGGAGGGGAAGGGAAGGGUGUGGUGAGGCGAGUGGGAGGAGGAGAGGAGCGAGGAGGCAGCUGUGGGCGGUGGAUGAUGAGAGGCCAGUGGAUGGGAGCAGUGAUAGGGAUGGUCAUAGGGGUGAUGGGUUUGACAAGAUUGGGAGUGAUUGGGAAGGGUGUGGUGGCGGUGGUGGCAAGGGGAGUGGGGGGAAGGGAGGAGCGAGAAGGCAGCUGUGGGUGGUGGAUGAUGAGAGGCCAGUGGAUGGGAGCAGGGAUAGCGGUGGUAGGGAUGGAAGGGAAAGGAGUGGCGGCAAGGGGAGUGGGAGGAGGGGAGGAGCAAGGAGACAGCUGUGGGUGAUGGCUGAUAAGGGCUCAAAUGUGGGUGGUGAUAGGAGUGAUAUGGGUGAUAGGGAAGGAGGUGGUGGUGGUAGUGGCGAUGGCAAGGCUGCUGCUGCCGCUGCUGUUGCUGCUGAUGCUGGUGGUGGUGGUGGUGGCGGUGGUGGCGGUGGUGGCGGUGGUGGCGGUGGUGGCGGUGGUGGCGGUGGUGGCGGUGGUGGCGGUGGUGGCGAUGGUGGCGGUGGUGGCGGUGGUGGCGGUGGUGGCGGUGGUGGCGGUGGUGGCGGUGGUGGCGGUGGUGGCGGUGGUGGCGGUGGUGGCGGUGGUGGCGGUGGUGGCGGUGGUGGCGGUGGUGGCGGUGGUGGCGGUGGUGGCGGUGGUGGCGGUGGUGGCGGUGGUGGCGUGGUGGCGGUGGUGGCGGUGGUGGCGGUGGUGGCGGUGGUGGCGGUGGUGGCGGUGGUGGCGGUGGUGGCGGUGGCGUGUGGCGGUGGUGGCGGUGGUGGCGGUGGUGGCGGUGGUGGCGGUGGUGGCGGUGGUGGCGGUGGUGGCGGUGGUGGCGGUGGUGGCGGUGGUGGCGGUGGUGGCGGUGGUGGCGGUGGUGGCGGUGGUGGCGGUGGUGGCGGUGGUGUGACUGCUGCUUUCAGUUCACUUGCAGAAAGAGAUACAGCACAGCGGCUCAGCAAGGCGGAUGAAGCUGCCAGAAGCAACGGUGACGGCAGCAACGCUGUUGGGGCGCCUCUGAAGGCGGUUGGGAGGGGGCAGAGUCAGGUCGCACCUUUCCCAGGACCUGACCCCCCUGCCGUGCAUGCACCCAUUUCUGAGACGCACAAGAACUCAGCAGCAGCAGAGCUGGUGGCGGGUCAGCCGUUGCCGGUAAAGGCAGGGAUUGCUUCUGAGUCAUCUCGAAAAGAAGCAGCAGCAGCAGCAGCAGCAGCAGCAGCAACACCAGCAGCAGCAGAGCUGGUGGCGGGUCAGCCAUUUCCUGUAAAGGCUGGGAUUGCUCUCGCAUGUAUUCUUGCUGCGGCCAUUGCCCUUCUCCCCUCUGCUACAGAUGCUGCUGCCACAGCCACUGUUGUUACAGCCAGUGGCUCUGCUGAGACUUCCGCCCUCGCCUCCCUCCCCCCUGCUGCUACUCUUGCUGCUGCUUGUGCUGAUGCUGCUGCACCUGCUACUACAACCGCUGCUUCUACUGAGGAGCAGCAGCAGAAGCAGCAGCAGAAGCGUGAGGAGGAUUGGAGGGAGGAGGAAGAGAGGGAGGAGGAAGCGGGGGAGGUGGGAUUGAGGGAGGAGGAAGAGAGGGAGGAGGAAGGAAAGGAGGAGGAAGAUAGGGAGGAGGAAGAGAGGGAAGAGGAAGAAGGGGAGGAGGAAGCGAGGGAGGAGGAAGAGUGGGGAGACCUAGAGGAGCAGCAGCAGAAGGGUGAGGAGGAGUGGAGGGAUAUGGGUGAGAGGGGUGUGGGACUCGAGGAGGAAGGGAGGGAGAAUGAGUGGAAUGACAUGGUUGAGAGGAAGCGUAAGGGUGUGGAAGCGGAGGAGCAGCAGAAGAGUGAGGAAGAGAGGAGGGAUGUGGGUGAGAGGGCUGCGAAUCUCAGGGAGGAAGAGAGGGAGAACGGGGAUGGGGGGAAGCAUAAGGGCAAGGAGAACGAGGAGGAGGAGAACGAGGAGGAGGAGGAGGAGGAGGAGGAGGAGGAGGAGGAGGAGGAGGAGGAGGAGGAGGAGGAGGAGGAGGAGGAGGAGGAGGAGGAGGAGGAGGAGGAGGAGGAGGAGGAGGAGGAGGUUGGUGAUGGGUGUGCUUAUAGCGAAGCCCUUGCUGACUGUGUGUACAGUGAUGAUCCUUCAUCGAAUGGGGAUGAUGCGUCGGUGAAUGCUCUCGAGGAAGAUACUCACAGCAGGGAUUACUGGAGCACUACAGACGACUGUAGCUGCAGAUACGGCUGUGGUAGUAGAGGCGGCUGUAGCAGCAGUUGUAGCAGCAGAGGCAGUGCCUUCAAACGGGCUUUGCAGCGCCACAACAGCAUGAGCAGUGCAAACAUGGUGUGCUGUGGGGGGGGUGCGGGUAGCCUGAGGAGCAUGAGCAGCGCAAACAUGGUGCGCAAGCAGGGCCUGAGCCUAAGCACAUGUGGUUGCCCCUCGGACCGCCCCUCUCGUCGUCAACAUUCGCGUGAACGGAUCUUGCAGCGAGGCAACAGCUUGAGUAGUGCAAGCCUAGUAGGCAGUGUGGAGUGUGCGGGCAGUGUGGUGGGGAGUGUGCGGAGUGUGGGCAGUGCGAGUCUGGUAUGUGAGCGCAUCUUGAGCGUGUGUGACAUCUCACCAGUUCCGAUCAUCCUCUCCUCCCACCUCACCAGCAUGCACCUCAGCAGUAUGGGGCUGUCUGGUCGAUCUGCGUCUGCAGAGAGCCUUGAUGCGUGCAGUGCAGACAGGAGUCUGUACAGAGCAGCUGCAGCAGGAGAAGCAGCAGACAGCAUGAUUGUUUCAGCUGCCCCGAUGUUGCCACGGAGACCAACAGCAGGUCGACAGUCACAAGCCUCGCAAGAAGCAGCAGCAGCUUCAGCAGCAGGAGCAGCAGCAGCAGCAGCAGCAGCAGCAGCAGCAGCAAAAGAAAUGGCAGAAGAAACAGAAGAAGCAGCAGACGAAGGGGAGGGAGGGAAGGACGGGCAGGAGUCACUUGAGUCUCGCUUGAGGCGAUGGCAUGAGAGCAUGGGUGUAUCAUGUACCCUCUCCCUGCCUCUCAAUGCCUCCUUGCAUUCCCCAUCCCCUUUGCAUCCUACCCCCGCCGGCCUCUUUCUCCCCAGCCUGCCCCACUGGACCAAGCGGUCGCUCCCUCGCUCGCUGCGCAUCUCCCGCUCGCUGCUCUCCUUUCAAGAGAGCGCCCUGCUGGAGCAUUGCCAGGAGACCAUUCUUUUGCAUGGCAUGGGCGGUGGAUGGAAGGAUGGGGUAAAGCACAGGGAACUUGAUAGGGAAAGUGAUAGGGAAAGUGAUGGGGAGAACGAGCUUUGGAGUGAGAUGAAUGAGGAGAGCAACGAGGGCAGCAGUGAGGAGAGGAAUGAGAACAGGAAAGGGGGUAGGAGUGUGCGAGUGAAGAGUGAGAGCUUCUUGCUGUCAGCAGCAGCGGCGGCGGUGGCAGCGCCAGUGUCCCCCGGAGAGUCCAUCCGGGCGGCUGUGGCCGUCUAUUCCGCCUCGAGGGAGUUAUGGCGGCCUCCUUGUAUACCCAAGCCUGCGAAACAAGCCAAGCUGUGCCUUCCCAGGUACUCCCCGCCUGUGCCUCUUAUUGGGCUGGAGAAGCUAAUGGAGGGCGCAGCAGGGGGAGGUGGGACUGGUGGUUUUUCUGGGUCUGGUGGGGUUAGUGGUUGGAGUUUGGGGACAGGGUGGUGGGGUGUGGGAGGAGAGACAGGAGAGGAGGGGAGGGAGAGGAAGGAGGAGGCAGGAGAGGCAGGGUGGCUGGGGUUUGAAGGGCUGGCAGAUGUGGCAAGGGGGAUUAUGUGGGGGGGAGGAGGCGAUGGAGGUGAAGAGGGGGGGAAGGAGGGGGGGAAGGAGCAGGGUUUGGAUGAGGGUGUAGUAGAGAACAUUCUGGAAGAUUCAGUGAGAGGAGAAGAGGAGACAGGCAUGGGAGGAGGCGGCGGUGCUGCUGGCGGUUACCCUAACGUCUGGGCGUUAACCGGCGGGUGGUACUGCGACCCGAAAUACUGGCGUCGCAACACCGCGUUCGCCUUGGCCGGCAUCUUUGUCGUUUGCGUUCCGAUCGCCCUGACGUCAGCACGGCUCGAGCAACGGCCGAUCGCCCCGAGCCGCGCCAUUCCCUCCCAGAUGUGGUGCUCCAACUUCCCAUCCGAAGCAAAACAAGCAUCGGAGGAGUGA